UCAAUUAAAGAAUAUAUAUGAUGGCUUUCAACUUUCCUUUUUUUUGUUAUUCUCAUUACACAAUUUCGUUGUCCAGACAACUGAAGUAAAUUGUCACAGAAUUUUCCUUGGGUAGCGGAUGACUGACUUCCAAAAUUUCUUGUAAUUAAGAAAAAUCUUUAAUUCUUUUUCGGUUCGACAAUCCAAGAAAAUUUCAAAUAAUAUUUCAAGAAAUACGUGUUAUUCUAAAGUAAUCAAAAUGCGUGAGUGUAUUUCAAUGCACGUGGGUCAAGCAGGUGUUCAAAUGGGUAACGCGUGUUGGGAAUUGUAUUGUUUGGAACAUGGAAUUCAACCGGAUGGAACGAUACCAUCAGACAAAGUGUCCGGAACAAACGAUUGUUUUAAUACCUUUUUCAAUGAAACCAGUUCUGGCAAGAUGGUACCGCGUGCUGUGAUGGUUGACUUAGAGCCUACGGUCGUUGACGAAGUAAGGAUAGGACGUUACAAGCAAUUAUAUCACCCUGAACAAUUAAUCACGGGUAAAGAAGAUGCUGCAAACAAUUAUGCUCGUGGUCAUUAUUCCAUUGGUAGGGAAGUAAUAGACUCUGUAAUGGAUCGAGUGAGAAGGUUGACGGAUCAAUGUACUGGACUUCAAGGAUUUUUCGUCUUCCAUUCGUUUGGAGGAGGCACCGGGUCGGGAUUCACUUCGUUGCUUAUGCAAAAACUGUCCGAUGAUUAUGGGAAAAAGAGCAAAUUAGAAUUCGCCGUAUAUCCAGCACCACAAGUGUCUACCGCCGUCGUAGAACCAUACAACUCGAUUCUGACAACUCACACUACAAUCGGUCAUUCGGAUUGCGCGUUUAUGGUGGAUAACGAAGCGAUUUAUGAUAUAUGUAGACGGAAGCUUGGUAUCGAGCGGCCUUCAUACGCGAAUCUGAAUCGCCUUAUCAGCCAAGUGGUAUCAUCGAUAACUGCCUCUUUGAGAUUCGAUGGUGCUCUGAACGUAGAUCUAACGGAAUUUCAAACGAACUUAGUACCAUACCCUAGGAUUCAUUUCCCACUGGCGACUUAUGCGCCGGUGGUUUCGGCUGAUAAAGCUUUCCAUGAAGGGAUGUCCGUAGCAGAAAUAACGUCCGAAUGCUUCGAGGCAUCCAAUCAAAUGGUCAAAUGCGAUCCUCGAGAAGGAAAAUAUAUGGCCUGCUGCCUGCUUUAUCGCGGGGAGGUGGUACCAAAGGAUGUGAACGCGGCAAUUGCGGCUAUGAAAAGGAAAAGUUGUAUACGUUUCGUUGAUUGGUGUCCAACUGGUUUUAAGGUCGGCAUCAAUUAUCAACCACCUACUGUUGUUCCGGGUGGAGACCUCGCCAAGGUUCAAAGGGCGGUUUCAAUGUUAUCGAACACAACAGCUAUCGAGGAAGCCUGGUCUAAAUUAAAUUACAAGUUCGAUCUUAUGUACAACAAGCGAGCUUUCGUACAUUGGUACGUCGGAGAAGGUAUGGAGGAAGGUGAGUUUGCAGAAGCGCGUGAUGAUCUUGCCGCAUUAGAGAGAGACUACGAAGAAGUCGCACUCGAAUCGUCAACCACGCCAGAUGCUUCGUUGGAAUAUUAAUAUAUAUAAAUGCACGUAAUCCGUGCAAGUAUUUCGGCAUUUUUCAGCUACCCAACAAAAGGACUUAUGCAUGAUCAAAUUAAUUGUGUGUACAAAGAGACUGAUAUUUUAUAUUACGCUUCUUAUGUCUUGUGAUUUGUUUACUUAUUUUCAUCUUUUUAAUAAAAUUAUUUUUUUAUAA